CACAAAUUUGCGCGAAAGGCAGAAACGGGACGAGCGAUACCGACUCGUACUGCUAGCACAAGUACUGUGCCGCAGAGGGUCAGUACGCAAUGGACGCAAACCCCUACGCUAAAUACCGACUUGGCCCGGGGUGCACGAAAAAAGAUGCAAAGUCGUCCGCUGUCAUCGCCCUCCUCGACCUCGUUUUCACCAGAGUCGCGUGGCAAUAGGAGCAAUUUUAUCAGGAACGUAAACCAGUAUCAGCAACGUGUGAAUCCGAGAAGCAAAAACAACGUGAAGGGCCGCAAAACGGGAAAUGGGGGUAUACCUGCUGCUGAGCUGUUCGAGUGUUCCCGUGGGGGACUGACGCGGCGCGCACAAAAGGAACAGAGAGCACGCAAACGGAGCAACGGGACUUCCGAAUGUAAUGCAAAGAUGCGUGCAGCUGGUUUGAACAAUGGAGCAUCCCCGAGAUAUGGAGAAAAUGUCUCUCCGGAUACCUAUCGACUCAGACGUGCAGAAAUUGACGCAGCAACGCCCGUCUUUUGCGAUGCAGCCGACAUCGCUGGUGGUUGGGGCAUGUCUUCCAGUUACGCGAAGAUGUCUAAUUCUUUCGGACAAGGAAGCGCGAAUGUCGAAAACGACAGCAGUUGCUUUGCUGCUCAUUCGCAUGCGCCUCCAAGAAGAGUUGACGACAACGACCAACACGAUGCGGCUUCGUAUAGGAAACGAGGGGGAACUGCGACGUCGACGUCGCCUCAAACUCGCCCAGAUGGAGUCGCAGAUGGACAGUAUAACACUGCGGACCUACAUCAAAGUCUCCAUAACGCGAACGGGUUUGCAAGUGGUUACAAAGGUGAUCAACGCACGAUACCUGUGCUACAUGUGAUGCAGGAAAACUGCGAGAAUAGUCCUUCUUUAUCUGGGCAACGGCCACCGAAUGCCUACCAUACACAGCAUUCUGCAGAAACACUUCGGACUCCUGCAAGUCCUCAAACUACUAGAAGCAGGAUCAGCGCUCCGCCACCUGAGGAAGCAAACAACAGGGAUAAAAUGUAUAGUCCUUCUGCGAACCACAACACAACGAAGCCACCGCCGGCAUUGCACCUGCCUUUGCCGAUGCCAGGCGCGUGGGCAGAUUCUCCUGUGUAUAAUCGACCUUGGAGUGCUAGCCCAUCGCCUCUUAGACGACAUCGCGCUCGAACUGUCGAGGAAUGCAGGCGGUGGCCAGGAGCUGCUCCGAACUCCGCUGUGAAGAGGCUAACCGUACGGGGUGAUUCGCCGCACAGUGUUGAACAACUAGCCGCUAGAGGUCGCGAAGCUCCGACUCCAGACGAGAGGAACGCGGAUGAUUGCAGACCACGGACCACUUUUGCACCUACACGAGGAGGGGGUUAUGAGUAUGGUACUUCCUCGUUACCUCCAGAUCGGUCACAUUAUUCGCUGCAUCAGAAUCCGCCAAGUUUAUUGUGCAUGCGCCCAUUGUCGCCGCCGUGGUCCGUCAGACCAAAUGAUUCGUGUGGCGCAGUGCAGUUUUGCCUACCUACAUCAGCGCGAAGUGUCGAUAAUAGUAACCUCGUCCACACUCCGCAGUAUGAUCAUACCGCUAGGCGAAUCGUAAAGCAAAAAGAAGAUCACAACUCCAACAUGCUCAUGCCGACGGAACUUCCUGUGCUGGAUUGGCACGGCGGGCAGCCACUCGCUUAUCCCGUGCCAGACUUUCAGGGACAACAACGGCAGGUGAGAGAGUUGGAUGAGGACAGCUGGCGUGGUCGUCAGGGCGGCGAAAACUCUUACACGCAAAGCGUCAACCUCAUCAAUAACCUCUUGACGCAAACCGCGGAGAACCAGAAUUCCUUUGCAAAGAGCAUUUACAACUAUGAUAACACUAAGAGAAGAACUACAUCUGUCUUGUCCGGCAGCUUCAGCAAGACGCAGAAUAGAAAUACAUCGUCUCCAAUUGCAGGCAUCAACACGUCAACAUCCGUCUCUCCUCCACUUCCUCCAGCUGGCCGCGGCAUUACGAUGCCGCCAUGGCAUCGCGCGCCGCCACCGAUGCCAGCACUCCUACCAGGAUCUCCUCUUUUACGGUCACCUCCAUCGUCAGAGGUCUCUUUCGCAUUCCCAAGGCAGUCGGGAGGUCAACCCAACAGCAACUUUCAACCUCACAAACUACCUAACAAGAGUUUAGUAGAUCCGCCACCGCUUUCUCGUCCGCUGCUGCUUACAACUGUGGUGAGCCCGGGAAUAAAUGCAGACACUCCGACAUCAAAGAAUAAGAACAUUUUGUGCCAGCGUUUUGGUAGGAAAAUAGUGACGCCGCUAAACUUUAACACUGAUAUGAGUAUGAUGCUGACGGGCACAGAUCGCAAUGACGUAAACCUGGAUGAAAAAAUGCCAAGUAGCAUGAAUAUUCCUACUCCUAGUAUGACAAGACCAGUCGAUCUCGGUUCUCCUUUUGGUGGAACUCGCCCUUUCGAAACUAGAUUUGAUUCUCGUGGACAAAAGGGGUCUCCGGUAGCUUCGCGUUUUACCUCCGCAGCGAAGAACUCUUACUCGAACUGGUCUUCUCCACAGCCACCACUAAUGGAUUCUCGGACCUCUACAAAUGCAGAGCCAGAGGUUGUUUUGCAGCCGCCUGCGUUGCGGGUGGCGCCUCGGCAAACGGUGGGUGAAGAGUUCUCUGCUGCAUCUGCCAGGACGUCUCCCCUAUCAUGCAGCUUCCCGAAUUCGUGGGCGCAUGCUCCGUCGACAAACAACAUGAAAGCACUACCUCGAAAUUUUCCUGCUCUCAAAUCCACCCACAGCUUCGAAGCGACAUCACUAGACUUUCACUUCCCAUCAGCUAGACCCCUCGUGCUUCCAGGACCACGCGGACGUGAUUUGCAAGAAAUUAGCAAUUUCGGAUCACGAGGAGAGGGAGGAGGUAUGAUUACACCAACUCGACCACAUUCUGCUCUUGGGGGACGUGCUAAUUCUUUUGGGACGAUCAACAACAACAAAGCGAAUUCGUCGUGUAUUUCUUUCUCCACAAUGCCGCCAUUUCCGGCGUCUUGUAAUGCUACUUUCCGCACCGCUGCACCACCGCUUCCGUCGGUUUCACCAGCCCAGCCACGAGAAUUGCAGAAGCUCGAUGGCUCGCUUGGCGACUCGAAAGCCACUAGCUUGUUAGGUGACUACACGCGACUCAUAGUUGCUCCGAACAAUCAUGGCGGUGUGUCUCUGCCUACAAACUCCUUGAGAAGGGUCAAAGAUCUCGAUGCGACGCCACAGUGGCAUGAGCGUGGUUUGGCGCUUCUUGGACGUGGCUGGCAUAACGAAUGACAUGAGAGUAUCAUCGGGUGAUCAUGAAUUCAACACGGACUUGGUUCGAACAGUACUCCUUCCAGUUCUAUUUGAGGUUUUAUUUUUCGGAAAUGCACCACACUCAGGCUGCACAUGGAGGUUCCUUUCACACAUUGGCAAGUAGGAGAACAUCAAGAUCAACAUGAAGAAGAAGAAGAACAUUACAGAUUGAAUUACGAACAAGAUGCACAAGUAGAACAACACCGAGCAAGAAGGGAUAGUAGGAGCAACAAAAAACCUAGUAGCACUAGAUCUACAUCUGGACGACAUUUCCACAACAUCAAUGAACGGAUAGAGAAUUGCUGACGAAGGUACAGUUAACGUUGGUUAUAAUGCCUGUAGAAGCAAUAGCAACGGCGACCAUAGCACGACAAAACACACAAAGCACAAAGAAAUCCGGCGAGAUCGUACGCGUUGCCCGGAGCGCAUCAAUACAACAACAACAACAACAACAAGCGGCAGCAGUGGGUCGCUUUCAUAACGAGAAGAAAUGAACUUUGAACAGUAAUAAUAGUUCGGCUCAAGAACUAGGUAGUUAGUUUGGCCUUUUCGAUCACAGAAUCUUUACAAGUCUGGAACUCAAAUAGAACAUUGAGGAUGUUGAUAUUGACGGAUGCUUGAUACACACACCUCUGUGAUGUUGAUGUACUGCUUUAUUUGAGCAUUUUCAGAAACUUCGAAUAUAGCUUGAAGUAGAGAUCUUGAGAAUAGAGCCACGUCGUUGCAUGAAUAGAAGUCAAACUCGCCGACGGGAAAUAUCAAAGACACAGGUUUCAUGAACAAUACAGCAGAUACAUGAACAAUUUGAGACGGUCUUACAAAGAUGACUUGCAUUGACACGUAC